UCAUUCUGAAACGUCCAUCUCAUACAUAGAUUUUAAUGCAUAGUUGGUAAAGUGUCACCUGGUCGAGAAUAUAUUAGUUAAACAUGUGAAAUUAUAAGAUAAAAAACAAUUUGUGAAAAAAAUUGUAAAAAUUUCAAAUGACCAUGGACGAAGGAAGAGAGUCUGGCUUUAUUAACAGCCAACCUAGUAUUGCAGAAUUUAUGACUUCGGUGCCACUUAUCAAUGAUGCUUUACAAGCACCAUCAAUCAUUUCGAGCGACGGCAUGCGAUCAUACUGCCAAUCUUUCACUGCUUCGCAGCAACCGACCCAGGACAUUGGAGGCGACCCUGGGGCAAGGGAUUCGGGAUUAUCGAUGAAAUUUCCUGACUAUGCCUGGAUGAAAGAAAAGAAACCUGUCCGGAAAGGAGUCGCACCUGACCAAACCGAGCUAGAUUAUAUGACAACAGGUUCCCUGGGUAAUGGCAGUACCCCUGCUAGUAACGCCGGUUCUGGGAGUGGGGCAGGUGGAGGGACACGUCGUCUACGUACAGCUUACACGAACACACAAUUACUUGAACUCGAGAAGGAAUUUCAUUUCAAUAAAUAUUUAUGUCGUCCAAGAAGAAUUGAAAUCGCCGCAUCUUUGGAUUUGACUGAGAGACAGGUAAAAGUCUGGUUUCAAAAUCGCCGAAUGAAAUAUAAGAGACAGUCGCAAUCUCAAAGACCUAAAUCUGAUUCAGACGAAGGUUUUCAGUUAGAGUGUAAUCUAGAAAGUCCAACUUCAUCUGAGGAAAGUUGUGAAAGAAUAGACAACGGUGAAGCUAAACAUGAAAUGAAUGGAGAAACAUCAAACGUUUUAUCAAAGAAACAGAAUACAAAAACAAUCUCUGAUGGGCAAACGACUGACACGCCCAAUGAUGAUGAGGAAAACAGACUCUCUCAAAACAAAAAUAACAUUCUCGAUCUAACAAAAAUAGAUAAAACUGGCAUCUCGCAUGACAUGGCGAAAGAGAACGCCGUUAAUGAUGCGGAGAUAUGCACAGAUGUCGUGGUUUCACAGGGAAUUCCCGAAUGUAAUAGCAAUCAGGAAUUAUUACGCUUGGAAAAUAAACAAAGUAUAGAAAACCAAUCUCCUCUACAAACAUUUGUUAGUAAUGUUAGCCAGAUGAAUUCUAAAGCAUCACCUUCUGAUAGCUUGUCUCUAAACGAUGUACCGUCCGUCCCCGAUUUACCUGAUAUCACAAGCUCGCCAAGGGAUAAUAACAAUACAAUUCAUUCAAAUUUCAAAACGGAAAAACUUGAUUCGGAAUCUGUCUCAUAUUUCUCCUUAUCUUCUCCUUCUACGUCAUCAUCUGCUAUUCCCGCUUCAUCUAGUCCAUCGCUUUCGACCGGAAGUGCUCAUGAAUUUACUUCCGGUCCCGUCGUUUCGAGUGAUCUUGAGGUUAUGAAAGCAGCAUCUGAAAUAGUUAGUUCAAAAGAAAAAAGAGAACAACCAAAUGAAUUUUACAAUAGUAAAUAUCGCCAAAAUUCUAUGUACACAGGGCAUAAUGGGUACAGCUAUCCUGCAAUGAAAAUGGCAAAUGGUCAAAAUGGUGAAUUAUGGAGAAAUGCAAAUAGUCUUUACAACUCCGAAUUGUAUCAAGGUAGACCUCAGGCUGUUGCUUAUGGUGGACGACAAUAUUCUGGAGAUUAUGGCGCAGGCCAAAAUAGCACGAAUACGAAUGGUGUUCGCAACUUGAACCCUUCAUGGAACGUUUACAAUACAAAUGGAUACAGUGGUGAUGCUUUCAGUCAAAAUCAUGCGCAGUUCAGAAAUUUGUAUCAGCAGCAGAGAAUGGAUUUACAAAUGGAUUCUGACAAUUUUACAGCAGCCAAUUUAUCGAGAUACAACUUUGGAAACUCCACCGAGACAAUUAACAACCAAUCAAUGGAGAGAAGAUUUAAUUCGCCUUAUAUGGGCAAAUCGUCUACUUAUCCCCAGCAGACGACCCGAAUAGACCAACAUUCAUCAAAUUCCAUUUACAGUGGCAAUUACAUGGACAGUUAUUCACCCGGUGUCAAUACGGUAAUGAACUCAUCAGUAUGCCAUAGACAACUCUCUAACAAUACAUCCAUCCGGAACAUCUCUAGCCCUAGCAAUAAAGACAGUGAAUUAAUACAAGAACAAUAUAAUGGUGGAUCUCCCUAUAAUGACGUCUCAUCGUCUGACUUUACUAGCAUAUUUAGCGAGUAUUUUAAUUCUCAACAGCCGGAAUACCAAGCGAUUUGAGUUAUAAAAAUCUCAUAAGACGAGAAUCUGAUAAUUUUUAUUGGCUGUAACUAUUGAAAGUAACAAAGCAAUUUAUUACUAAAAGAACAUAUCGGUAUUUUAAGGGCAUUGAUUCUCAACUCGCUGUUACUUUUAUUGGCCGACGGAAGAAAACGGGUAAAUAAGAGUGUCCAUAAAAGGUGUGAUUACAGCAGUGAUAUAUAGAAAAGUUAUAUGUUUAUUGUAGUUAUUCUGCUCAGUUUUAUUUAAUUCGAUGUUUUAUUGUUAUUUUGUUAGGGGUUUUAUGUGAAUUUUAUGUAUAUUAUGGAUUUUAUAUAAAAGGGAACUUUGAGUGAUUUUUAAUUGCCCUCUCAUGGAUGUUUAAAUUUGUGCAUCAAGGCUUUUUGCUUAAAUGAUAAAGAAAAUUCAAUAAUGGCAAUUGUCGGAAUCCAACAACAUGGUCAAAUAAACAGCCUUUUCUGUUAUAAUUUAGGUUGAAAAAAUGAUGAUCAAAGGGAACUGGACGACAUAUAAGAACUGCAAGAAAUUAACCAUUUCUACAAAAUCAAACGCUUCAGAUUAUAAGUUUGAUUUCCUUUCCAUAGCUUAACAGAAAAUCUUGUUUCGUCAUGUCAAACUUCAUAUUUAA